UCGAGCGCGUUCAUAUCACUGCUCUUGUCGCUGGUUUCUGCGAUUUUUUACGGUGGGGUGUGUUUCGUGUCACGUUUGUGUCUUGGAGCCGUUUUUCGCGAUUCUUCACGUCCGUGAACGCCCCCGGCUUUCCGCUGGACUUCUCAGCGAUGCAUCACGGCAUGUCGUCCGAGAAGUUCGAAGACCUCGAAGAGGACCUCAGGGCCCUCCUCGACGACAUCAAGCGCAAGUUGGACGGGACCCGCAAUCGCCUUCAAAGCGGCGAAAGCAAGAAAACCCAGCUACGCGAAGUACAGCGUAAACUGGACCAGGCCAACGACGUCCUCCAAGAACUCCAGGACGAAGCCCGCUCGGCGCCCAACCCGUACCGUAUCCAGAUGAACGCCAAGACCCGCAAGUACCGGACUGAACUCGACGACGUCAACAAGGCGGUUGUCACACUGGCGACCAGCAUCAACGCCAGCGGCGCGAGGCAGGAACUCCUGAGCCCUUCGACCGUCAUCGGUGACUUUGGGAACGAUCCUCAGCGCAGUCGGCUGCUUCAGAUGAACGAAACCUUGGGCAGGACCACCGAUACCCUCGCGCGAACGUUUCAAGUCGCUGCCGAGACCGAUCAAGUCGGGGUUGCCGUGGCCGAAGAGCUGCGCACGCAGCGCGAGUCUCUAGUCCGGACCAAAGAGCGGCUCGAAGAGACCGAUCAGAACUUGACGACGAGUCGUAAGAUACUGCGCACCAUGUACAGACGCGUGAUCACCAACAAACUCAUUCUGAUCUUGAUCAUCAUCAUGGAAAUUAUCAUCUUGGGUGGCAUCGUGUACUGGAAGUUCUUUAUGAAAAAGUGAUUUGGCGAUGGUGAAUCUGAAAGUCGUGUGUUGUUGCUUCGUUGUGUAGUGUUGUUUUACCCAAUAAUUGUCAACGUUGAGAACCCGACGCUGCGCAGAUUUUCCUACUGUGAUUUUGCGUCGCGGACAACGGGCAAUGAAAGCAUGUGCCCAUAUUUAGGGACCAAUAAUAUAUUCGAUAAGGGCGUCAAAUAGCUACACAUUUUGUGGACUUGUACGGGUUCCGAUCUCCUAUCCUUCCGAGGUAUUUUUCGGCAAUAAUAAACUAGACAUAAAAUCGUUA